AUGCUCUUCACGGGCAGCGCGGCCGCCGCGCCAAAGAAGAAGGAAGACAAACGACGCGAAAAACCGGAACGAGACGAGAAAUAUGAUUUGCAAGAGAAUGUCUUCCUCCGCUGGCUGGCCAUUAUCAUCCCAGACGAGGCGCCGAAGGAGGUCAAAGAAUUGGCCGAACCGAAUCUGGCCGCGAAAGCUAUUGCCAGAAUCACUGGAAAGCCACCGGUACAGCCCGGCUCGCGCUACGAAUUUUUCCAAGGGAUCAUCGGCGAGUUGGGGGAUUUUGGUACAAAGCUGACCCCCUCGGAGUUGAGCGAACACUCGCAGAAGGCCGUGUUGCAGCUGUGGUGGUGUAUUUUGCACUUGUACUGGCGCCGGAUGGCACCCGAGCCGUUGAAUGGGCAGAAAGUCCAAGAAGCGCUUCGAGGUUGGUGUAUGGAUGUAUGCGCUCGAUAUCCUGAGGUGGCCGUCGUCGACUUCACUUCCUCCUGGCGUGACGGGCACGCGUUCAAUGUGUUGCUGCACAACUUCGACCACAAGCUCGUCAAAAUGGCGGAGAUUGCCGACAUGUCGGCGCUCGAACGGCUUGAGCACGCUUUUGCGGCGGCCGAACGACUGGGGGUCCCGAGGCUGUUGACUGGGAAAGCCAUCUACCAGCAGCCACGAAGAGCCAUCUGUCGAAAAGACAUUCCAGUUGACAAUUUUGCCGGAGCCUACUGUGGUGCAGAAGAGCUGGCCAGGGAAUUUGAUGCUUGUUUGGAACAAGUAUUGGCAUGGUUAUUGGAAGCCGAAGAAGAAUGCGCUGUAUUAUCUGAUGUGGAAACACAUGAUUUGACUGCGGUGAAGGCACGAUUCCGUGACUACGAGACGUUCAUGGCGUCCCUGACGGAGAGCCAGGAUACUGUGGGCCGAGUGUUGCAUAGGGGUCAAUUGUUGUGCCAAAAGUCUGAGACGGAAGAGGAGCGAAAUGGAAUACAGGACCAGCUCGAGCUCGUCAAUUCGAGAUGGGAGAGCUUGAGAGCUCUGGCCAUGGAACGCCAGUCGGUCCUGCAGAACGCGCUCACCGGGCUGCAGCAAAAGCAGCUGAACGAGAUCUGCGGCUGGCUGGCGGACACGGAGACGUUGAUCAAGGCCGCCGGGCCCCUGGGGAAACCUCGGAUUUGGCGCUGCGCCAGCAGCUUCGUGGCGGUGGUAGACGAGGCCGAGGCUGAGAAUGGGGAAAUGUCCGUGACGCAACUCGAGAAUACACUCAGAAGUGUCGGGCAGAGAUGGGAAGCAAUCUGUACUUGGGCGGAAACCCGGGCCCAACACCUCGACGGUCUCUCAGAGCUCAUCUCCACCGCCGACGACACCUUCGACAAGUUGCACACAUGGAUCGAGGAGAGGGAAAAGCAUCUAAUGCGCCUAAAAUCCGCGCAUCACCUCGAAGGACCAGACGAAGUGGCCGAACAGGUCGAACUUCUGCAACAAGCCGAAGCUGCCCUCGAAGCAGAACAUCCAUCAUUUGUGAAGGCAUCACAAUUGAGCUGUGAAUUGGUGGCUAGAUUGGAGGGAAAAGCUGGGGAAGAAGGUCAAAAAUCGCUCGAUCGCCCGGAGAAGAAGCGAAAAGUGGCCAGUGAAGAGUCGGAACCUCCAAAAAAGGCGAAAGAAGCAGAAGAAGCGCAAGCUGAAGCUGAACACCUUGCCGAACCUGCUGAAGAAGAUAAAGAAACAGCAGCGGAAGUGUUGAAGAAAUUCGUAGAGCACGUGGAGAGAGUAGGUGCUGAGAUGCGCCCCCUCCACGAAUGGUGCCAGAAUUUCUCAUUGAGCCGUCGCCCGGCUGAGGCCAGGAAAAUGAUACAGGUGUGCCAAGGGAAGCUGGUGGAAAUCAAGGAACAAGAAGGGAGGGUGAAUCGCCUUCAACUCGAGAUGGAACGAAUCCACCGUAACCCGACCCUUUCCGCAAAACAACUCAAAACGGCGAACGACGCAUUCGCGGAGUUUGCAAAGGAUUGGGCAGAAAUUGUGACAAAAAUAUCCGAGGCGCUGAAUGUAUUAUCGGGACAUUCGGAUCAAGAUGAAGAAGCUGUUGUGGCAAGGGGAAUUGAACAAUGGAUUGAAGGAUGUGAUAGGGUGUUGAACGAGAUGGGUAAGGCGAGCGUCUCCGAGCGGGCCCUCCGCGCCAAGAGAAUCAAAGAACAAUGGGAUCUCCAGAAUGCAAAUCUCACUUUCAUCCAGAAGGAUCACCUAAAACGAGCAAUCCUGACGAAAGGUCUGCAACUUGUCGGCAAACGUCUCCAACAACACAUCGCCUUCCCAUCAACCCCCACGUCUUCUGUAAUGCAUACAUCAUCUGUACGAGGCGAUACUGACGACAUCAUCCAAAAGAUCGAGACGGCCCUAAAUGGCCCAUGGCAAUCUGUGGGGAUCAUCAGCAAGCUGAGGGAGGAUUUGGGGCGGAUUGAGAAGAUUUUGGAGACGUGCAGGACGGAAAGCCUUCCGACAGUCACCGUCUGGCGUGAGCGUUGUGUGAAAUUGUCGACAGAUUGGACGACACUCAGUGACAGUCUAGAAGAUACACUCUCUUGUGUCAAACGAGAACAGAAGAAGAGCGUACAGAAAGCGAUCGAUGAAGGGGAUCGGCUGCUAGAGACUCUAGAGAAGACAUUGGAGGAGAGUGAAUCUGCGGCCGAUGCCGAAUCGUUGAGUGAACAUUUGGAUCAAAUCGAAAGCCUGCUCGAGCAAGUGCCCGAUACAAGUCGACUCGAGCCCGUCGUCGAUGCAAUCGACGAGAACUUCGUGAGGGACAGCUGGCAGAGACAUUCGGCUUCAAGGGAUAAAAUCUCACAAAGGGCGAAAGAGCGUCUCCAGCAGAUUGCCGAGAAUGUCAAGCAGUGCGAGAGAAUGGAUGAGAUUGCGGCCGACUUAGACCGCUGGAUGCCCCGUUUUUGCGGGCUUUUGGCCGCCCGGAAAGGGGCUGAUAUCUCUGCCCUUGAUGUCCCUGAGGAAUAUAAGAAGCACUUCUCCGAUGUAUCCGUCCGUUUCGCCGAGUUCAGACAGCCGGUCCAUUUUGAGGGUCGCCUCGAGAAAUGCGUCGAUCAAUUGGCCACUAUCGAGCAAUCUAUCGAUGAAAUGACAGGGAUCAAACUCGUUGCCCUUGACAAUGGAUAUCUCGAAGCAAAAGCUGUUGCUAAGAAGCUGGUCACGAUCGAUGAAGAUUUGAAAGAUUUGGAAGGGGGAAGAGAGAAGUUGAUGGCUGAUGGGAUUUUGGACAGAAAAGAAGCCGCCGAGAUUCGCGAUAAAAUCCACGGGGCGAGGCGGAAAACGAAAGAAUUGGGGUUGAGGGCAGAAGAAGCCGUCGAUCGACUCGAUGACUGCCGGAUUCUGGCGGAAAAGCUGAAGAAUGAGACCAAAACAGUUGAUAGGGUACUUGAGAGUUUGGAAACGAGACUGGAAGAAUAUGGACGGCAAGAGAGUUUGCUGGAUGAAGAGAAAAUCGAACAGAUGGUUAAUGAAUGGAAUAGAAACGAAUCCCUCCUCCUAUCCCUCGAAGAACUCGAACGAGUCCUAAAGGCAAAAGCCGUCGAUCUGGACACUCGAGCAUCAAGUGGUGAAAGACGGCGAAGAGCACAAGAAUUAAAGACCCGUCUUGACGCCUGGAAUCUGACCGCCAGGGAGAUGAACGAUGAUGGGGAUGAGCUGCUUCUUGAGGUCGACGAGCUGCACGAGGAUUUGUUGAGGAAAUUGGACGAAGUCGAGGCUGAGGACGACCCCAAGGAGGUCAGUAUCAGCAUCUUUUCACUUUCAUGCUCU